CUCCCUUGUGUUGAUAACGAAACGAAACCAAACUCGACAGGAAUAAAAUAAGACUUAAAAACCGCCAUAAACAUCACAUUAAGGUGUAAAGUCAGUUUGUCAUCAUGGAGAACAGAGAGAGCUCUUCAUCUCCUGAUCACAGCUGUGUGUCUCUGAAGAGUGAAGCAUCCAUGCCGCCUCCUCCUGACCUCAGUGAUGAUCCAGUGACCUCUGACCCCAGGAUCUCCAGGAGGAGGAAGAAGAAGAGCUCUUCAUCUCCUGAUCACAGCUGUGUGUCUCUGAAGAGUGAUGCAUCCAUGGGUCCUCCUCCUAAAUUCAGUGAUGAACCAGUGACCUCUGACCCCAGGAUCUUGAGGAGGAGGAAGAGGAAGAGAUCUUCAUCUCCUGAUCCCAGCUGUGUGUCUCUGAAGAGUGAUGAAUCCAUGGAACCUCCUGCUAAAUUUAGUAAUGAUCCAGUGACCUCUGACCCCAGCAGAACAGAUGGAGAGCAAAACAUCUCUGGAGGAGCCUCUGUCUUCUGUCUGAACAACACGAGCGUUACAGCGUCUCUGAAUAAACAUGAUCAACCAGUGAAUGAUGAACUACAGAGAGUCAAAGACCAGCUCAAAACCAGCAUGAAGAACAAGUAUGAGAGAUUAUUUGAGGGACUGAAACUCCAGGAGAAUGAAAGCUUCCUGAACAGCAUCUACACACAGCUCUACAUCAUAGAGGGAGAGAGUGAAGGAGUGAAUGAAGAACAUGAGGUUUUACAGAUGGAGAAAACAGCCAGAACACAACACUCACAAGACACUCCAAUCUACUGCAAUGAUAUCUUUAAAGCCUCAGCUGAACCAGGAUGUGAGGAGAAAGACCAGAUCAAGACUGUUCUUACUAAAGGCAUCGCUGGAAUCGGAAAAACCGUCUCUGUGCAGAAGUUCAUUCUGGACUGGGCCGAGAGAAAAGCCAAUCAGGAUGUAGAUUUCAUGUUUGUGCUUCCAUUUCGAGAGCUGAACUUGAUCCGAGAUCAUCAGUACAGUCUUCACAGACUUCUGCUGGACUUUCAUCCUGAACUUCAAGAUCUGGACUCAAAGAUUUAUGAGGAGUGUAAAGUUGUGUUCAUCUUUGAUGGUCUGGAUGAAAGCAGAAUCACACUGAUGUUUUCAGACGCUCAGAAAGUUUGUGAUGUGACUGAGACUUCAUCAGUGGGUGUGUUGAUGUCAAAGCUCAUGAAAGGAGAGCUGCUUCCCUCUGCUCUCAUCUGGAUCACCUCCAGACCAGCAGCAGCCAAUCAGAUCUCCAAAUACAUCAACCGUCUGACAGAAAUUCAGGGAUUCACUGAGCCUCAGAAGGAGGAAUAUUUCAGGAAGAGAAUCAGUGACCAGCAUCAAGCCAGCAGAAUCAUCUCACACAUCAGAAGAGCAAGAAGCCUCCACAUCAUGUGCCACAUCCCCGUCUUCUGCUGGAUCUCAUCCACUGUGCUUCAGAAGCUCCUGGAAGAAGAUCUGAGUGCAGAAAUCCCUCAAACUCUGACUGAAAUGUACAUCCACUUCCUGCUGAUUCAGAUCAACAUGAGGAACCAGAAGUACGAAGAGAGAGAUCCAGAGAAACUCCUGCAGUCCAACAGAGAAGUGAUUGUGAAACUUGCUGAAGUGGCUUUCAAACAGCUGCUGAAGGGCAAUGUGAUGUUCUAUGAGGAGGACCUGAUUGAGAGCGGCAUAGACGUCACUGACGCCUCUGUGUAUUCUGGGAUUUGCACUGAGAUCUUUAAGGAGGAGUCUGUGAUUCAUCAGAGGAAAGUCUACAGCUUCAUUCAUCUGAGCGUUCAGGAGUUUCUCGCUGCUUUCUAUCUGCUUUACUGCCAUUUAAUAAAGAACAAGGAGCCACUGCAUGAAUUCAGAUCUUACAGAUUUAAUAAAGACUCUCUGUAUGAUCUACUUAGAUCAGCAGUAAUUAAUGCACUCCAGAGUGAGAAUGGACGUCUGGAUCUAUUCCUGCGGUUCCUGCUGGGCGUCUCAUUGGAGUCCAAUCAGAGACUCUUACAGGAUCUACUGAUAAACACAGAGAAAACCUCAGAGAACAUCGGGAGAACCACACAGUACAUUAAAGAGAAGAUCAAAGAUGAUGAUGAUUAUGAUGAUAAUGAUCAUUAUCAUCUCUCAGCUGGUCAAUCCAUCAAUCUGUUCCUCUGUCUGCUGGAAGUGAAAGAUCAGACUCUGUCCACAGAGAUUCAGGAGUUUGUGAAAUCAGACAAACACUCAGAGAAGUAUCUCACUUCUGCUCACUGCUCAACAAUCGCCUACAUGCUUCAGAUGUCAGAGGAGCCGCUGGAUGAGUUUGAGCUCAAGAAAUACAACACAUCAUAUGAGGGGAGAAUAAGACUGAUACCAGCUGUGAUCAACUGCAGAAAAGCUCUACUUUCUGGCUGUGAUCUCACUUCUCAGUGUUGUGAGAGUUUGUCAUCAGCCCUUCAAUCCUCAAACUCUGUCCCGAGAGAGCUGGAUCUGAGUAACAAUGACCUGCAGGACUCUGGUGUAAAGUUUAUUUUUGAUGGACUGAAGAGCCCAAACUGUCAGCUGCAGAUACUGAGUCUUGUUGGCUGUAAUCUCACUGCUCAGAAUUGUGAGUGUUUGUCAUCAGUUCUUCAGUCCUCAAUCUCUGUCCUGAAAGAGCUGGAUCUGAGUAACAAUGACCUGCAGGAUUCAGGAGUGAAGCUGCUCUCUGGUGGACUGAAGAGUCCAAACUGUCAUCUGCAGAUAUUGAGUCUUGCUGGCUGUAAUCUCACUGCUCAGUGUUGUGAGAGUUUGUCAUCAGCUCUUCAAUCCUCAAACUCUGUCCUGAGAGAGCUGCAUCUGAGUAACAAUGACCUGCAGGACUCUGGUUUAAAGUUUAUUUCUGAUGGACUGAAGAGUCAAAACUGUCAGCUGCAGAUACUGAGGUUGUCUGGCUGUAUGGUGUCAGAGGAAGGCUGUGGUUAUUUGUCUUCAGCUCUGAGUUCAAACCCAUCACACCUGAGAGAGCUGGAUCUGAGCUACAAUAACCCAGGACAAUCAGGAGUCCAGCUGCUCAAACACAAACUGGAGGAUCCAAACUAUAAACUGCAGAUACUCAACAUGGAUCAUGGAGGAGAGAUCAGGAUGACAGCAGGACUACGAAAGUAUGCCUGUGAUCUCACACUGGAUCCAAACACGGCAUACACUCGACUCGUUCUGUCUGAUGAGAACAGGAAGAUCACACAUGUGUAUAAGAAUCAGCCGUAUCCUGAUCAUCCAGAGAGAUUUGAUGAUGUUCUUCAGCUUCUGUGUCUUGAGAGUCUGACUGGACGCUGUUACUGGGAGGCUGAAUGGAGCGGAGAUUAUGCUGAUAUAUCAGUGUCAUAUAAAGGAAUCAACAAGAAAGGAGAGAGUGAUGACUGUAUCUUUGGAUUAAAUGAUAAAUCCUGGAGUCUGAGCUGCUGUGGUAACGGUUUCUUCAGUGUCUGGCACAAUAAUAACAGCACUGAUAUACUUGACACCUGUUUAUCCUCUAAUAGAGCAGGAGUGUAUGUGGACGUGGCGUCCGGCUCUCUGUCCUUCUAUAGCGUCUCUGACACACACACACUCACACACUUACACACAUUCAACAUGACAUUCACUGAACCCCUCUACGCUGGGUUUAGACUUUAUGAUGAUUCCUCAGUGUCUCUGUGUGAUAUUAAACGAUAGAGAGACUCUCUGUAAAUCCUCUUUCUGAUGUUCACAUGCACAGAAACUCAUCAAAUCUCACAUCAUUACAUGCCCCCAAGGUUCCCCAAGGCUCUGUUCUCGGCCCAUUACUGUUUAUUAUUUACAUUAUGCCUCUUGGACAUAUUAUUCGUCGUUAUGGGUUUCAUUAUCACGGUUAUGCUGAUGGUAUUCAGAUAUAUACUGCUUGCCGUCCAGAUUCUAUCCACCAAAAUACAUCACUAUCUAUGUGUGUUAAUGAGUUAAAGACAUGACUAAAUUCCAGUUUUCUAAGUUUGAAUUUGAGCAAGACAGAAAUUUUUAUUACUGGCCCCCCAACAAAAAAUAUAACUAAUGUUCCCAGCUUUAAUUGCCACAACAAUUUUUCCAUCAGCCACCGUUAGAAAUUUGGGUAUCAUUCUUGAUCCUUCACUAACCCUAGAUGUUUACAUUAAUAAACUUUCCAAAGUUGCAUUUCUCCAGCUUCACCGUAUAGCCCAACUUCGUUCCUAUGUCAGCCCAAAAGAUGCAGAAUCGUUAGUGCAUGCUUUUAUUACAUCGCGCAUCAAUUACUGUAAUGCUCUUUUUGCUGGCUUACCUGCACACUCAAUUUCUCUGUUAAAAUACAUUCAAAAUUCUGCUGCAAGAAUAUAAACCCACACUAAACGAUCUGCUCAUAUCACCCCUGUCUUAGUAAUCUCCACUGGUUACCUGUGUCAUCUCGCAUUAUAAUAUUCUUCUGCUUACCUUUCAAAUCACUCAAUGCACUGUAAAACCCAACAGUUAGGUUAACUCAAACCGUUUGAGGAAACUGAUUGCCUUGAAACAUUUAAGUUUUUAAAACUAACAAUUAUGAGUUCUCUGAACUUAUUUCAGUUGAGUUCACUAAAAUAAGAUAUACAUUGCAGUUAAGUAAUUAAGUGACUAAUUAAGUGCUGAUUGAGCAUUAGUG